CGCGUUCAACCAGUGUUGGCUUUAGAGGGUCUCUCUCUACCGGGGUGAUAAGUCCUAGCGCACGAGCAGCCGAGGGGAACGGAUCCGCCGUGUGAAGAAAACAAAAAGACACUUUUCCUCGUUUCACCGCUGGAUACGUAACUCGCCCUGGGGUUGGAUUAACUCACACUUGCGUUUUUUGGUUUUUCUUUUUAAUUUGGUUUAGAAGACACCACCGCUCGCCGAAAACAAUGGGAUCCCAGGCAUCCAAGGGAGAGGUGGCCGCGGAGGCGAACGCCGCCGCCGCUGAUGCUGCGGCUGUCAAAACCAACGGACAGAAUGGACAUGUGAAGACCAACGGCGACGUCUCCACCAAGCCUGAUGGAGAUGCCGCCGCCACCAACGGCUCCGCCGAGGCGGCCAAGGAGCCCGAAGCCGGUGCAGGAGGCGACGCCAUUGAGCCUGCGCCCGCUGCGGAUGGAGAGGCAGCGAAGCCCGAGGGCGAGGCUGCCGCCAAAGAGACCCCCAAGAAGAAGAAGAAGAAGUUCUCCCUGAAGAAGUCCUUCAACUUCAAGCUGAAUUUGAAGAAGAGCAAGAAGAGCGAGGCCGUGAAAGAGGAAGCGGCCGCCGCCGCCGCCCCCUCCGAGGAGAAGCCCGCGGAGAACGGAGCCGCCGCUCCGGCCGAGGAGAAGAAGGAAGAGGUGAAGGAGGAGGCCGCCGCUGCGGCCGAGGCUCCCAAAGCCGAGGAGGCCCCGGCCAAAGAGGAGGCCCCCAAGGAGGAGGCCAAGGAGGCAGCGGCUCCGGCCCCCGAGGCCACGAAACCGACGGAGGAGAGCAACUCGACCCCCGCUCCCUCUGAAAAGAAAGAGUGAUUGUACGUUGAGCUCAAAAUGAACUGGGUGAACUGUUUUUCAAGAGAGAGAGAGAAAAUUUAGUAUAUAUAUAUAUAUAUUUAUAUAUAUGUGUAUAUGUAUACAUAUGUAUAUGGAUAUAUGUAUAUGUAAAUAUAUACACAUGUAUGUGAGAGACUCCUUUGACGUGCCACUUUUCGUCAUGAUAACAAGACGACAGACUAGAUUCACUAGAUCACUUCCCUGGUUACUGCUUGACAUCUGGACCUUGACUCAGUUUUAGGCAGCGGGUCGGUCGCUAAGUGGAAAAAUGGAUUUAAACGGCUAGAACGUGAGCUACUGACACCACGAAACGUAGACGGACGAAGGCUGGAGCUGGAGGAGGACGGAGCCGAAGCAUCUUCUCUCUGAAAACCUACGCAUGAAGAUUGCCUCCUUGCUGUUGGAAAGGACGCUGGACAAGAUACUAGGACACCACCACCACUUGAAAUGACUGUUAGAGAAAAAAAAAUGAAAUCAGAAAAUUAAAGAGACUUGCCAACUUUUUACAUUCCUAUAUUUUAACCUAAAUUUGAAGUAUUUUGUGGUGUAUUAUAGAGAACCAUCUUAAAGAUUCAGAGAAACUACGUCUUGUUUGUUAAAAGAAAAAAAAAAGACAAUGUUGAUUUUUACCUUACUAUGAAAAAAAGAACACUUAAGCUUGCUAUGUUCACUGUUGCGGUUUGAUAUGAAGCAGAGUUGUUUAUCUGUCGUGUGUGAGCCUGAAUCUGCUUUGUCUUUGUAAAUACAUUGGAUUGAUUUCUGUUCUUUAUUUUGCUAAUGUUGACAGAUGUUACUGGUUUUAUUGUAAAGUUGAUAAUGGUAAAAUAAAUGUUGGUUACCUGCC